AUGUUCUUUUCUCUCCCCCUAUUUCUCUCAUUAACCUCCUGUUUCUCUUUACUCUCUUUUCUUUUCCCUUUCUCUUUAUUAACACUCUCACUUUUCUUUUCACUUCAUUCUCCUUGCCCCCUCUCUCUAUGUUCUUUACCUCUCUCCCCUUCCUUUACCUCUCUACCCUCCCCUAUUUCUUUCUCCAUUAACCUCCUGUUUCUCUCUUUAGUUUACACUCUCACUUUUCUUUUUUCAUUCUCCUUGCCCCUCUCUCUUCAUUCUCCUUGCCCCUCUCUCUAUGCCUCCCCUAUUUCUUUCUCCAUUAACCUCCUGUUUCUCUCUUUAGCCUCCCCUAUUUCUUUCUCCAUUAACCUCCUGUUUCUCUCUUUAGUUAACACUCACCUUUGUUUUCACUUCAUUCUCCUUGCCCUCUCUCUAUGUUCUUUUUUACCUCCCUCUUUACCCUUCCUUUAUUCUCCUUGCCCCCAUUAUUUCUUUUUCUCCAUUAACCUCCUGUUUCUCUCUUUAGUUAACACUCUCACUUUUCUUUUCACUUCAUUGUCCUUGCCCCUCUCCCUUCUAUAUUCUUUUACCUCUCUUUACCCUUCCUUUUUAGCCCUCCGCCCCUCUCUAUUUCUUUUCUCCAUUAACCUCCUAUUUUCUCUCAUUUCCUGUUCUCUCAUUCUCUCUCACUUUUCUUUUUCACUUCAUUCUCCUUGCCCCUCUCUCUAUGUUCUUUUACCUCUCUCCCCUUCCUUUAGCCCUCCCCCUAUUUCUUUCUUUCUCCAUUAA